CAUUACUGUAUGGUGUUCGGUUCGCGAAAUAACUUGUCUUAAAAUCGUAACAGCAGAUAUCUUUGAACGAUUGGCGUUGGUUGCGUGUAGGUGGUGUUCUUUAAUCUAAGAAGUUCCAGAAUCAAUGCUCAUGAAUCCAGCAUGGUGACCCUAAGUUUCUGCAAUAGAAGAUAUAUCCGUUUGUGGCCAGUGCUCAUACUUCUCAGUGUGGCACUGUUGCUGGUUUGGAGGAACUUGCAGCAGGCUCAGAACCUUGCCGCAUCUUCAAACAUCGGUGGGCGCAAAUCGGUGUCACUCUUGCUGCCCAACGCCUCAAAUCCACCAAGUUCCUCUGCCGACUUAUAUCUGCACAAUGAUCGGCAGCCCAAAGUCAUCCCAGUCAUGCGAGAGGACUCCCCUCGCACCAAGGCUCUGCAAUCAUUGCUCAAGUGCCGCAAUCGAUCGCUGCGUUUCCAGAGGCUUCAGCAUGGAGACUUCUGGCUGCUCCAGAAUCUCGUGAUUGGACGCAAGAGUCGGGAUGUCGGCUGUGCCGAGGCCGUGACGUACACCACCAACGGGGAUUUUACGUUCUUCGAUAAUCUUGAAAUGGUGGUCUCACGCUGGCGUGCUCCUGUAAGUUUUGCCAUCCACACGCCGGGUUAUGAUCUAAACACCACACUGGAUGCCAUUCGGUAUGUGCGAAACUGUUUGCCGGAGAGCGAUAGCAUCAAGGACUGGGUCUCAUUCCACGUGUACUUCCCGAACCGGCACAUGCCGGACCACGUACCAUACGACGAGGCUGAGGCCCUAUCUUACCCGAAUAUAUGCACGUCGGUAUCGCCGCCCUACACACGAAUCCCUCCUACGGAAAGCUACAAGUCCAGGGCCAACCUCACCUACCCCAUCAAUGUGGGCCGGAAUAUAGCCAGGCAGGCGGCCAACACCCACUUCAUCUUCGCCUGCGACAUCGAGCUGUACCCCAGUCCGGGUUUCGUGGACCAAUUCCUUGACAUGGUGGCCAGGAAUCACAGUGUCCUGCCCCUGGAUCCCAGGCAGCGGAGAAGGGUGUAUCCACUGCCCGUUUUCGAGAUCGAGACGGGUGUUCAAGUGCCGGUGGACAAGGACGAGUUGUUGACGCUCUAUCGAAAACAGCAGGCACAGGUGUUCCACCUGAAGCUGUGCCCCACAUGCCACACGAUUCCGGGCCAAGAAGGGUGGCUCAAUCGCACCUCCAAGGCCGAUGACCAGCUGCACGUGUUCAGCAAGACGCUGCGGAAAUGGAAGUUCCGCGCCUGGGAGCCCUUCUACGUAAGCGAUAACACGGAGCCGCUGUUCGACGAACGCGUCACCUGGGAGGGUCAGUCGAACAAGCGCAUACAGGUGAGUGACUACUGUAGUGAGGCUUACGAUUCAGAGUGCAACAUUUCAUUGCAGAACUACGCCAUGUGUCUUCUGGACUACGAAUACCACGUCUUGAGUCCAGCAUUUCUGGUGCACAGUCCUGGCAUCAAGCAUUCCAGCGACAGAGACCCUACUCGACUUCAAUACGCAAAGGAAAUGACCAAAUUUAUCAAGGAUAAAAUCGAACCCGAAUAUAAAGUGCUCUUCAGAGCGAACUCAGCCUGCAGGACGUGACAUUACCUUUGCAAUGAGCAACGCCCAAAAAUAUGAGAUGAGGUAACUAAUGAAUUUAUGUCCCAUCUAAGUUAGGAUUGUGCCAGAACUAUGGUGGGAAAAGAGUCUAUAAUAUGUAAUAAAUAUGAUAUUAUCCGAUUUUACUAAAACCAAAUAGUAUGUAAGUACACAACAUAUAAGUUAAAUAACAGUGCUGGCGAUCCAAUCAGAGUGAAAAUAUAAUAUAUUAAGGGACUUUAUUUAUUUAGAGCACUUGUGUCAGUAAGAGCACUGUUUCAUGUAGAAUGUA